AUGCUCUAAUCACCUAAAUAUGCAAUUUCAACUGCUAAAUCUUAGUAGAAAGUGUUGACCUUAGAAACCAACACCUCUUAAUUUGAUGCCACUUCAACAAUUAUCUAAUCAAUGUAUUUACAAAUAGAUGAAUUGAUUGAAACAAUAAAAAAGAGAAAUCCAAAGUACAUUAAAUAAUAGAAAACUGAAGAGAAUAGCAUGACAUAUCAAGAUUAAUUAAACAUGUUUAAGGCUGAUGAAGAAUCAACUAAUUUAUAAUAGUAUUAUUUAGCGAUUGAAUCAGAAGAAAUAUCAAAUGCCUUAUAUGCCCAACCAAAUGAUGUUUUACUUUAAUAGGCACAGAUGAAAAAAACUUUAUAAGCUCUUUAAACAAAGAUAAAUCAAACUAAACAAACUCUUAGUAUAACCGAAAAUGAGUAUAGAGAACUUGAAUCAAAAGCACAAGCUAUCUAGGAAAAACAAUAAAAUUAUGCUUCAAUCUUAUUAAAACUCAAAGAAAAAUAAUAGAUUAAUGAUUCAGUUAACAAAUUACUAGAUUAAGUAGGUUAAUAGUAAUGGUUAAAGCUACGUUAGUUAUUUGAUGUAGAUAUGAUUAAGCUUAGUAUUCCUUUUGAAAAGCUGAUUAGACUUUAGCAAUUAUUAUUGAAGGAAUCAGAAAAUUUGAUACAAGUUGGAAAGCAUUAAUGUGUCUUGGAGGAGAAGAAAUAAUUUCUAAUUGAGAUUCAGUUAUAAUCACCAUUAAUUAAUCUAGUAUUGUCAUUUGAUUAGAUCCUGUUAAACAUAAUUCAUCAACCAAAAGAUUAAUUAAUCUCCAAGUAAGGAUUAUUAGUGUAAACCGUGAAAUGUCUUAAUAUUCUGCACUAAAACUUUUGCUGCAUUAUUCAAAGCUUGACUAAGUAAAAUUAUUCUUAAAAACAAUUUGAGGAGUCUCAAAAGGAAUUAAUGUAGGUAACUGCUUAAGCUAAGGCAUUUUCAUUGAACAAAACUUAGUUGUUAAUCGAAAUUGAUAAAAUGAAGAAGCAACUAAAAGAAGUGUAAUAAUAACUAUAAAAUUCUUAAAUGACGACAGAUCGAAAUAUUGAAAAUGAAGUCUAAAACCUGUUAGCAAUGUAUUUGAAGGAUAAAGAAAUCUUGAUGAGGGAAAUAAAAUUUAAAUAUGGUAAAUAAUAUCAUGACCAUAUGAUUUUGGAUGUCAAAUAAGAAUUCAAGAAAAUAUGUUUGGGAUAGUAAUUUGAGUAAACAAAAAAGAUUGAAUAAGCCUAUAAUAGAAUGGAUGAAAUCUAAAAAUAAAUUAUUAAAAAUAAGGAUAAAAUUAUUGAGUUAUUGAAAUAGUUGAAAGAGUAUAAAAAUACCUUUCAACAAUCUAAAACGGAGGAAUCGUAGAUAGAUAAAAAGGAAUUCCUUCUACAACUAUAAAAUCUAAAAAUUAUUUUACUUUAGCUUGAAAAUAAAAUAUAGAAAAAAACACAACAUAACUCAGAAUAGCUGUUAUAAGACCUAUAGGUAGAAAUAAAUAAAUUAAAGGAAUUUAUUGAUCAAAAUUUUGUUGUUUAAAAACAAAGAAGUGAUUCUAUCGAUACUAUAAAAAAAACAUAAAAGUUUGAACAUGGAAGAUCAUAAUCAUAAAUACCAAUAAUUUCAACUUUGGGAUCUGAAAUUUCUGGUCCAAUUUAAAGUCCAAAGAAUAUAUAAUAUCCAGUUUAAAACGCUCAAGAGAUAUUUGAUUCAUCAGAUGAUCCUAUUUAAAUUGUCAAGAAGCCAUUUUCUGAAUGGAAUAGUUAUCAAUUAAGCUUUAAUUAGAAUUAGCUGAAAUCAAUAUCUGGUAUAAGUGGAUAAGAAUAAUCAUUUAUCACAUAAAAAGAAAGUAGCUUACAUGGUUCCAUCCUAGAAGCUAUGUCUAGUAAUAGAAAUAAGAAACCAGAGAUUCAUCUCAUAGUAUUCUUACAAUUGAACGAAAGUACCAAAACCUAUGAUCCAACUAAAAAUGAAGAUCCAACCAAAUAUGGUUAUAGGCUGUAUAGAAUUGAUAAUCAAUUUAAUAUCUUUAGUUCGGAAGAGAAUGAGAAUAUGAAUAGUUACUAAAAGUUUGAAAGGCGACUUGAUGUUAAAUAACUUAUUUUGGAUGAUUGCAGCCAAAAUGCUUUGAAGUUUAGGAUGAUUUAUGAACCUUCAAUGAGAGGAAUAGUUUAAGAUAGUUUGGCUCUAAGACAUUUAAAUAUGCAACAUCUGCCAUUCAAAUUAUAAGGAAACACUUUAAUAGUAAAUGGGUUAUGCUUAAACGAGCAAGACUUAAUUAAAUUAUAAUUAUUAUUUAAGUAAUGA